ACCAUGUGGAUUGCUCUGAAGGCCAUUCACCAAUCUGAUGAGGAAGGUCCUGGGGAGUGGUCUACGCUGGAGGCAGAAUUUGUAAUGAAACAUGAUGAAAUCUGUGGAACCAAAAACCCGACUCCUCAUAGAAUUUUGCUGGACACAAGAUUUGAAUUACCUUUUGAUAUCCCUGAGGAAGAGGCCAGAUACUGGACCAGAAAACUAAAACAAAUAAAUUCACUGGGAGAUGAGUUUGGACCAGCAGUAAUUGCCCAAGAAGCGGCGAAGCCAGCAGUAACUAGGGGAAAGGGAUACCAGCACUCACCCACUAUAGCACAUCACGCUCUAGCUCAUGAGCUGGAGCGAAUCACCCCAGAUGGGGAUGCAAAAGUGUAUCAAUACAUUGAUGAUGUAUUGAUCAGGGGUGCUGAUAUCGCUGAGGUAUUCAACGAGAAGACGAAGUUGCAACAGGACUGA